AAAACCUAUAGUAUAACAUAACAUGCACAUUCUUUUCAUAGUAUUGAUUGCUUUUGAAAAGUUCUUGUAUAAUAAUUGUAGAAUUUGUGGAGGAUGUGCUAACCACACCAACAUAUCAAAGAAGUAGGUCACACUUUCAAGAAGCAAUAAAUAAAUAUCUAUAAACUACAAAAGUUUAUAUCCUAAAAUAAACUUCAAAAAAUUCUUCAAGCACUUAGAAAAAAAAAAGAUGAAGUUUGGAAAAGAAUUUGUGUCACAAAUGGUGCCAGAAUGGCAAGAAGCAUACAUGAAUUACAACUCACUCAAAGCCAUUCUAAAAGACAUUUCAAAGAUCAAAAAACUAAGCAAAUCAAAGUCACCAAUGGCCUCAACACCAAAAGGAUCAUUGAGGAGAAGGUUAACUCUCUAUAGAGCCUUUAGUGGUCUUAAUGUUAAUCAAAGGUUUUCUCCAAACAAGAGUGAAGAUGAAGUUAUACUAGUUCGAUCAGAAGAAGAUGAUGAAGGUUCAAAAGGGUUGUAUCAAACUGUGUUUUUGAAGAGUUCUGAAGGUGGGACAGAAAGAGAUCUUGAGUUUUUUAAGAAACUUGAUUUUGAGUUUAAUAAGGUUAAUGUGUUUUAUAAUAAGAUGGUUAAGGAAGUUGUUGGGGAAGCUGAGGAGUUGAGUAAGCAAAUGAAUGUUCUUAUUGCUUUUAGAGUAAAGGUUGAUAAGAUUGGGUUUGAAAAUCUUCAUAGCAAUGAAACUAUUUCUUCUUCUUCUUCAAGUUCUAUUAUGCAUCAUGUAAAUGAUGCUCAACAUGGUGACUCACAUGUACACAUGGAUGUGAUUCAAGAAAUUGAGAUGAGCAAUGAAAGUCAAUUAAAUGAUGAAGACAGAAACUAUGUGGCACAAACCAUUCCUAAGAAUUCCAUUCAGGGUUUUAGACCAGCUUCUCUAGAGAUUCUUGAUCAUGUAAAGAUCAAUGUGAACACACCAGAAACUCCUGUAUCAACCAUAAAAGGGCUUUUACUAAGUUCAAAAACUGAUCAAGCUUUUAACAAGAAAGAGCUUAAGAAAGCAGAUUUGCUACUUAGCCAAGCCUUAAAGGAAUUCUAUCAUAAGCUUAGGCUUCUAAAAAAAUACAGCUUCUUAAACUUGUUGGCAUUCUCAAAAAUCAUGAAGAAGUAUGAUAAGGUCAGUUCAAGGAAUGCAUCAAAAGAUUACCUAAAGAUGGUGGAUAGUUCUUCUGUUGGCAGCUCAGAUGAGGUUAAUAGGCUUAUGGAUAGGGUGGAACGCGCUUUCAUUAAGCACUUUGUGAACGGAAAUCAUCGAAAAGGAAUGAACACGUUGAGACCGACCAAGAAAAGGGAGCGGCACAGAACAACAUUCUUAUUAGGACUAUUUACUGGCUGCGCAAUCGCUCUCAUCGUAGCGUUAAGUAUACUCAUACAAGCAAGAAAUAUUCUGUAUAGUGAAGGUAGAACUAAAUAUAUGGAUAACAUAUUUCCACUUUAUAGUCUCUUCGGAUACAUCGUCUUGCAUAUGAUCAUGUACUCUGCGAACGUAUACUUAUGGAGGCGUUUUAAAAUCAACUACUCAUUUAUAUUUGGAUUCAAAGAAGGAAAUGAGUUAGGUUAUAGACAAGUAUUUCUUCUCAGCUCCGGCCUAGCCGUACUUUCUUUGGCUGCUGUUCUCUCAAACUUAGAUAUGGAGAUGGAUCAAAGAACAAAAACUUUCUCAACAUUUACCGAAUUAGUGCCUUUAGGCCUUGUCCUAGUUGUGCUUGCCAUAACAUUUUGUCCCUUCAAUAUCAUAUAUAAAUCGAGCCGCUUCUUCCUUAUUCGAUGUGCAUUUCAUUCCAUGUGUGCUCCUCUCUACAAGGUCACUUUUCCGGAUAAUUUCUUGGCAGAUCAACUUACCAGCCAGGUGCAAGCGUAUAGAAGUUUGGAAUUCUACGUUUGCUACUAUUUUUGGGCCGAUUUCAAGACCAGAUCAAACAAGUGCUCCGGAAGCGAAAUCUAUAAAACAUUUUAUUUAAUCGUAGCUAUUAUUCCAUUUUGGAUCCGGUUUCUUCAGUGUCUGCGCCGAUACCUUGAAGAAGGAAAUACAAUGCACGGACUCAACGGACUAAAAUACGUCUCGACAAUAGUUGCAGUUGCAAUGAGGACUACUUCUAGUGAGUUUCACCAUGGACCUGUUUGGACAGUUCUGGCUGCAAGUUCAUCAGGCAUUGCAACAAUUGUUAAUACGUAUUGGGAUAUCGUCAUAGAUUGGGGUCUGCUAGAAAGAAACUCGAGAAAUCCAUGGUUGCGAGAUAAACUCGCUGUACCAUACAAAAGUGUAUAUUUUGUUGCUAUGGUGAUGAAUGUUAUACUGAGGCUUGCAUGGAUGCAAUCUGUUUUAGGCAUUAAGGAUGCUCCUUUUCUUCAUAGAACAGCUUUGACAGCUAUUAUGGCUUGUUUGGAGAUUCUUCGACGCGGCAUUUGGAAUUUUUUCAGGUUGGAGAAUGAGCAUUUGAACAAUGUUGGACAGUAUAGAGCAUUCAAAUCAGUGCCUCUUCCUUUCAACUAUCAAGAUGAUGAUGAUGAAGACAUUACAGAAACAUGAAACAAACACUAUUGCUAGAUGAAUUUACAAUAUAUACUUGAUUAUGUAUGUCAAUUUAUUGUUAAAUUUUGUAAUUUCAAAAUGUAAUAUUCAAAUUUCACCAUGAAUAAUUGUAAAAUAGUUAUUAA